AUGGCCAUCGCAAGGCCAAUUCGGCUCCUUGGAGCAGUCGGCAUUCUAGGAAUUUUGCUGGUCCUGUACAGAUUAUCGCAAACAUCGCAAAUACCAUCGAUAGCGGGGAUGGCAAAUAUAGGCAGAAUAACAGAUGGCAUGAAAAGAGAUCCUUUACUAGACCCAACCGGGGAACCUGAGGGUAUAUUAUGGCGAGCUGAAGAUAAUGAUUACGCCCCCGACAGCGAGAACUCCGCACGUAUCAAUGCGACGCUUCUUUCGUUGGUACGCAAUGAGGAGCUCGACGAGCUUGUCACGACGAUGAAGGAUCUGGAGCGCACAUGGAACCACAAGUUCAACUACCCCUGGACUUUUCUGAACGAUAAGCCUUUUACGGAGGAGUUUAAGCGCAAAACUCGGGAGGUCACAAAGGCAAAGUGUAUUUAUGAACAAAUCCCCGCAGAUCACUGGGAAGCUCCCGAAUGGAUCGACGACGAUCUAGUCCAAGAGUCGAACAAAUUCCUCGAAGAACAGGGUCUCCAAUACGCCAGCAAAGCCUCAUACCACAAAAUGUGUCGAUGGAAUAGUGGCAUGUUCUACAAGCAUCCAGCUUUGGCUAACACGCAAUACUACUGGCGAGUCGAACCAAAAGUUCAAUUCUUCUGCAAUGUCGACUACGACGUCUUCCGCUACAUGCAAGACCAUAACAAGACCUAUGGGUUCACAAUCAACCUCUUCGAUGCACCGGAAAGUUUGCCUACUCUCUGGCCCGAGACAGAGCGCUUCCUUGCCGAACACCCCGAAUACGUCUCCGAGAAUAACAUGAUGGAAUGGCUUGUGGAUGACAAGUUGCGACCAGAACAUAACAAGAAGGCCAAUGGAUACUCUACCUGUCAUUUCUGGUCGAAUUUUGAGAUUGGUGAUAUGAACUUCUUCCGUAGCGAAGCCUACGAGGCUUACUUCAACCACCUUGAUCGUGCUGGAGGGUUCUUUUAUGAGCGAUGGGGCGAUGCACCUGUUCACUCGAUUGCUUUGGGUCUGUUUGCGGAUGCAAGCAAGGUUCAUUGGUUCCGAGACAUUGGCUACCGUCACAUCCCCUACUUUAACUGCCCCAACUCACCCAAAUGCUCAGGCUGCACACCCGGCAAAUUCUACGAGGGAGAAUCUUUCCUAGCUAAAGAAGAUUGCCGCCCCAACUACUUCAAGUACGUUGGAACUCAUUGA